CUUUAGUAACUGUUUACUGUGUACUACUGUUUAUGUAAUUUUAAUCAAGCGAUAAUUCUUAUGCAAAACACAUUAGAUGACAAAACAGCACGAAGAGGAUCCCUAAUUUGAAGGUUUUGGAAAAUGGGGUCGAUUCCAUUUUUGUUCUCAUGGUACAUCAUGAUGACCAUAGCUGCAAAUAUCCCUGUCAAUGGCUAUAGAAAUAACCGUCACCAGCCGUAUGAAAAGAAAAGAUCGAGCAGACCAAACAUUGUGCUUAUCUUGGCAGACGAUCAAGGUUGGAAUGAUGUAGGCUGGAAUAAUCCUGAGGUUAUAACACCACAUCUCAACUGGUUAGCAAGACACGGCGUUAUUCUAAAUAACUCAUAUGUUCAACCUUUGUGCACACCGUCACGUGCAGCAAUAUUAACAGGAAAAUAUCCUCAUAGAUUGGGUCUCCAGUGGUCUGUAAUUGGAGAAAAUCAACAAAAGUUUGUACCACGAAAAACACCAAUGCUCGCCGAAAAAUUACGACAAAGAGGCUACAGAACACAUAUAACAGGAAAGUGGCAUCUAGGACAUUGUAGUGAUGAUUUAACACCAACGUCUAGAGGUUUUGAUUCUUUCUUUGGAAUACUCAGAGGUUGGUCGGAUCAUUUCACAAGAAUUCUAGAUUGGAGUCAAAUAACCAUGAGAAGUUCUGAACAAGUAGCCAGUUAUGACUUCUGGAGGAACAAGAACGUUUACCUUCUACAGGAUGGAUCAUAUAAUACAGAUUUAUUCACGGAAGAAGCCGUGAAGAUAAUUGAUGCUCACGAUCAAAAGAAGUCACCUAUGUUUUUGUAUCUUCCGUACACAAGUCCCCAUUUUCCUCUCCAAGUACCACAAACGUUCAAGAAUUUGUACCAAAAUGUAACAGACCCUAAAAGACAGACAUAUUUAGGAAUGGUAUCAUCUUUAGAUUUCAGCGUUGGAAGAGUUGUAACUGCUUUAAAAAGAAAUGGUUUCAUGGAUAAUACAGUAAUUAUAUAUCUGAGUGAUAAUGGCGGUGCUCAGAACUUUGGUGGCAGCAAUUUACCAUUUAGGGGAGAUAAGAGUGAUUUAUGGGAAGGAGGAACAAAGUCCGUCGGAUUUGUGUAUAGUCCCAAGUUUCUAGGUCAGCAAGGAUGCAUUCAUUCAGGAAUGAUUCAUGCUGUCGAUUGGUUUCCAACAAUACUUGACAUCGCUGGACACAACCAAGGUGUUUUAUCAAAGAUCGAUGGAGUCAGCCAGUGGCAAUAUAUAAAACAAUGUUAUGGUUCAGCAAGAAACGAGUUUGUAUAUAACAUAGAUGACUUUGUGGCUAAAUCAGCUGCUAUCAGAGUAGGAGAUUACAAGCUGAUUCUUGGAGACCCUAGAGUGAACGUGUUCGAUCCAAUAAUAAACCUCCCAGUGCCAAUUGACCCGAACAACAGGGAAGUGCGACUUUUCAACUUAAAAUCUGACCCAUCGGAAGGACAUAACCUCGCGUCUGAGAUGCCUGACCAGGUAAUAUUGAUCAUAGGAAAACUACAUGAAUACAGAAGAGACAGCAUAGCAGCUCAAAACCCUGUUAAUCUCUCCCCGAACAUUACACAAUCAUGUGGUAUCCUAGCACUUGGAUGGUGUGAUUUGUAAUCAUAGGGUAAUAAAAGAUAUAUUUACAGUU